AACGACAGGUCGAGUCUGGGGGUGGAUCGAAUGAUGAUAUCAGAAGUAUUGUAAUGCAUGUUGAAAAGACGGCGAAUUACGAUGAAGGAAGAGAAAUAGUAGAAACAGUUGUUUUUGAGAUGAAUCUUACACAAGGCACUUGGCGAAAAAUUAAAAAGAAAAAGACCAAAAGAAAUGCCUUUUUUGACGGAUUAAAUGGCAAAUCUACUGGAAAUGAACAUCAUUUAGAAGAUUAG